GGGAAGGCCCUUCCCUCUCUCAGAGGAUGAAGAGGGAGGGGAUGAGAGAGAUGAGGGGAGGCUCUGCUCAGCUGUGGGGCCACUGAAGACAGAAUCAGUGAUGACCUCCACCAUGGGCUGGUCCCCUCUCCUCCUUACCCUCCUCGCUCACUGCACAGGUUCCUGGGCCCAGUCUGUGCUGACUCAGCCGGCCUCAGUGACUGGGUCCCUGGGCCAGAGGGUCACCAUCUCCUGCACUGGAAGCAGCUCCAACAUCGGUGGAUAUAAUGUUGGCUGGUUCCAGCAGCUCCCGGGAACAGGCCCCAGAACCGUCAUCUAUAGUAGUAGUAACCGACCCUCGGGGGUCCCGGAUCGAUUCUCUGGCUCCAGGUCAGGCAGCACAGCCACCCUGACCAUCUCUGGGCUCCAGGCUGAGGACGAGGCUGAGUAUUACUGCUCAACAUGGGACAGCAGUCUCAAAGCUUACGUGUUCGGCUCAGGAACCCAACUGACCGUCCUUGGUCAGCCCAAGGCCUCCCCCUCGGUUACACUCUUCCCGCCCUCCUCUGAGGAGCUCGGCGCCAACAAGGCCACCCUGGUGUGCCUCAUCAGUGACUUCUACCCCAGCGGCGUGACGGUGGCCUGGAAGGCAGAUGGCAGCCCCAUCACCCAGGGCGUGGAGACCACCAAGCCCUCCAAGCAGAGCAACAACAAGUACGCGGCCAGCAGCUACCUGAGCCUGACGCCUGACAAGUGGAAAUCUCACAGCAGCUUCAGCUGCCUGGUCACGCACGAGGGGAGCACUGUGGAGAAGAAGGUGGCCCCCGCAGAGUGCUCUUAGGUUCCCGAUGCCCCCCGCCCACCGAAGGGGGCUUGGAGCCUCAGGACCUCCAGGAGGAUCUUGCCUCCCAUCUGGGUCUUCCCAGCCCUUUUCCCCACACUCAGGCAACACUCAAUAAAGUGUCCUUUAUUCAAUCAGAAA